GAUUCUACUAAGAAUUCAAUGAGUUGGCCUUCGGUCAGGUGUAAGCCCCAGAAAAAAGCACUCAUAAUCACAGACUUAUCAUCCUGGUGUGUCUUUACAGGUGUCACAUCUUGAGGACCUUCUCUACCCAUUGGUUUACCAGCCUGUCACAUUUCCCCUCUUUUUCACUUUCAGAGGAUGCAUAGCCAUGUCUGAGCUCAGCGAUGAAGCCAGUGAGCCGGAGCUCCUGAACUGCAGUUUGUCCAUGUGGCACGGGCUGGGGACGCAGGUCAGCCGGGAGGAGCUGGAUGUACCCCUGGAUCUUCACACAGCGGCUUCCAUUGGCCAGUAUGAGGUGGUGAAGGAAUGUGUGCAGCGGAGAGAGUUAGAUUUGAAUAAGAAGAACGGUGGUGGCUGGACCCCGCUGAUGUAUGCCUCCUACAUUGGACACGAUACCAUCGUUCACCUGCUGCUCGAGGCAGGGGUGAGUGUGAAUGUGCCGACCCCGGAAGGGCAGACUCCACUGAUGCUGGCCUCCAGCUGUGGCAACGAGAGCAUCGCCUACUUUCUCCUCCAGCAAGGUGCGGAGCUGGAGAUGAAAGACAUUCAAGGCUGGACUGCGCUGUUCCACUGCACCAGUGCUGGGCACCAGCAGAUGGUCAGAUUCCUCCUGGACAGUGGGGCGAACGCCAACGUGAGGGAGCCUAUAUAUGGGUUUACACCGCUGAUGGAAGCUGCCGCUGCUGGCCAUGAGAUAAUCGUGCAGUAUUUUCUGAAUCAUGGAGUCAAAGUAGACACGAGAGACCACAGUGGAGCUACAGCCAGGAUGCUGGCUAAGCAGUACGGACACAUGAAGAUUGUGGCGCUGAUAGACACACACUCACCUGCUCUGCCCAGGAACCUCUACCGGAACCCAGAAAAAUACGAAGAUCUGAGCUCUUCAGAUGAGUCCUACCCUGCUGCUCAGAGGCAGAGGCCUUGUCGGAAGAAGGGCCUCAGCAUCCAUGAGGGACCACGAGCCUUGGCCAGGAUCACAGCCAUCGGUCUGGGCGGCCAGACGCCGCAGCCUCGCUGUGAACAGGUGCCUCCUCAGGAUUACGUGACCUUCACCAGCAGUGAUGAGAACCCCCUGGAAGGCGAGGGCCUCUGCUACCGGGAUGUCACCUCCCCCAUCAAUGAACAAGAUGUGGAGAGCAGCAGCAGCAGCAGCUGGGAGGAGCCUGCUUUCUGUGCCAGCUUUGGGGCCAUGCGGAGCAGCAGCAGCGAGGGCCUGGCAAAGGCCCAGGGGCUCAGCAGCGAAGCCUCCUUGGAGAGCAAUGAGGACUCAGAUCAGGCCCACAAAAGCUCUGUUCGCAAACAAACCAAAAGUUACAUGAAGACUAAGAGUCGUCACAACAACAGUGAUAGCCAGUGGCCUCCAAGCACCACGACUUCUGGGACAGCCUUUUCCCCGGGAUCUGUCCUCCACGCGGAGCUGUCCCCCUAUUCCGGACCCCAGGACCUCGCCACACUGCUGGAGCAGAUCGGGUGUCUGAAGUACCUGCAGGUGUUUGAGGAGCAGGACGUGGACCUCCGCAUCUUCCUGACCCUCACAGAGAGCGACCUGAAGGAAAUCGGCAUCACGUUGUUUGGGCCCAAAAGGAAGAUGACCUCAGCCAUCGCACGCUGGCACAGUGGUGCCCGUCCCCCCAGUGAUGCACUGGAGCUGGCCUAUGCGGACCGGCUGGAGGCCGAGAUGCAGGAACUCGCCAUCCAGCUGCACAAACGCUGUGAGGAGGUGGAGGCCGUACGUGGCCAGGUGUCCCAGGAACAGGAGCUGCGGGCUGUGGUGGAGAGCUGCCUGCUGGAGCAGGAUGGAGCCCGCAAGGACGUGCACACCCAGUUGCAAGAGACUUGGGCCCUGGCCCAGGAUGCUGCCCUCAUCCUGGAGCAGCUCCGAGCCUGUCAGAUUGAGCUUUCGGCCCGCAUGAGGCAGGACCAGUCUCCCAGCACAGCUGCCUUGAGCCCAGCACCACUCCCAGCAGACUCCAAAAGCUGGUGUACAUCCGUGCAGGCCAUGAGCCUUCUGGAGCUAUCUGUAGUCCUGGAAGACAGAGUCCAUGAGAUGGGGCAAGCACUGUGCUUAGUGACCCAGAGCCUGGAGAAGCUGCAGGUGCUUAAUGGGAAGAAGUGGCGGGACCCCUAGCUAGGAGGAAUGAAUCCGACGUUGGGUGAUCGAUCCACCCUGAAGCUAUGUGCCAGGAAGA